UCGACGCUGAUUGGCUGCCUCGCACAGCAAGUACCGGAAGUGACCGGGUGAGGUUGCGCCGAAGCUUGUGAAUGGAAGACACCGUGCACUCGUAUUGAUCGAGCUGGGACGAGAAUCAAUAUAGCUGUGUUGGCUCGUGAAUUCACCACAGACCAUUCAUCGAAGCUGGAAGAAUACUAGCUAUGGCGACUCCCCUCUUUAUCUCUCCAUGUCGACUUCAGCAAAUGCUGGAAGAAAAACACAACGCACUGCAGAUUGUGGAUUGCCGGUCUUUCAUGCACUACAACACUGACAGAAUCUUGACGUCUAUCAACGUGUACUGUCCACCGCUCCUUAGGAAACGUACCCGUCGUGUCUUCCAUUGGAAACAGUCGUGUCUAAAGAGACACAAAAGUCUACUACGGCCAAAUCUUGAAGCAAUUAUACUGCACGAUUUGGAUACAGAUGAAUUCUCCAGUGACAGUGCCAAAGCGGAGUUACUUCUAACCAUCAAGAGCCUUGUGCGCCUUGUUGGCAAAAAGAACUUUUUCAUUCUCUCUGGCGGAUUUUUGCGCUUCAAGCGAGAAUGCCCAAGGCUAUGUGUUUCCCACAGUUCGUUGUUCAAGGACCGGAACUUGCUUAACCCCCAGCAAGUCCUUCCGUUACCCCCCGGGCGCUUCGACCGCUCCCCCCGGACAGAGUUAUCCAGUAUGGGUUCUCCAGUUGAGCUACUCCCGUAUCUGUAUAUCGGAGAUGCAAGUCACUCAUCCCAACGACAACUUCUCAAAGAAGUUGGAAUCACCGCCAUUUUGAAUGUUUCCACUUCCUGUGAAAAUCAUUUUCCUGAGGACUUCCGGUACAAGGUCAUCCCAGUACAAGAUACAGUGACCGCGGAUCUUCUCACGUGGUUUACAGACGCCAUUAAUUUUAUAGAAAAUAUCCGUCUUUCUGGAGGUCGAGUUCUUGUCCAUUGCAAAGGUGGAGUGAGUCGAUCAGCCACAAUCUGCCUGGCGUAUUUAAUGUAUGCUCGGUCUCUGGGACUAGAUGACGCCUUCGAUUACGUGAAAUCUCGCCGUGACGUCAUUUCCCCCAACGCUAGUUUUAUGAUGCAGUUGACAUUGUUUGAAAAGGAGAUAAGCAAUCAUAAGACCCCGAAGACGCCCACGCCACCAUCGCUUUCACCUUGUAGACUUUAUACACACAGUAUGCUGACGUCACCGGAUCAUGCGUUCACCUUUGAUGGUUGUGAUGUUAACAGCGCGUCACCGGAUGUGGACAUGACGCAUGUGCAGCCCUCGUUUCAGUUUCUCUCCAGUCCCGUCGUGUCUACGUCAUGAGGUCAUUGGAACUGAUAUCCGGGUCAAAAGGUCAUGAGAUGACCUUGACAUUAUCCCUAAUAUUGUGUUCAAGGACAAAUGUGCAAUUCUGUUUCAACAUAUCUAUUUUGAAAAUACUGUUAUUUAUUAUUGUGGGGUUUUUCCCUUCAUGGACCUACUAAAAACACUACGGUGGGACCAUUUACCUUCCUCGAUGAUUCAACAUUGGUUUAUGAUCUCUUGAUCAGAUUGUGAACUCUCGGGAGUUAUCACAAAAGUUGUGUGAACUCCACUUUCAACGAUACACAAAUAAUAUGAUCCCUUGAAUAUAUGUUGUGCUGGUCACCACUUUGGGGGACAUCUCAAAAGGUGUAAGGAUAUAUUUGUUUCGUUUCAUACCAAUUCUAAAUUUACAGGUAUAAUAUUAUUUGUUAUUCACACAGUUUUGAAAUUGUGUGUUAUUUCUAAUCCAUCUCUUUGUUAUUUCGCUUAUAUGACCUUUUGAGACGUUCCUUAAGAAUGAAAGCUUGUUUGAGAAAACACCCGUCUAGUUUCACAAUGUCUAUGCAUACACUGAUAGAUAUUGCGUCAACGGGCUAUUUAUGUUUUUUCCACAUCUUUCAAUAUUUACAUUUCAAUCUUUAUUGUUCUGUUUGAUUGUUCUCUGAAUAAUGGUGAGAUUAUAUUUCAUCCCUAAAUUAUCAUCACGUGUACAUUAAACGUUGGGAUACGACCCGUUUCUCUAUAUAUAGCUUACCGCAAUGCAUUAUCAAUGCAAGUGAUGCACGUCGUAUUACUAUUAUUACUAUAAUUUAUAAUAUCAUAAUGUUGGAAGUUAACUUCGAAAUAUUUUUCAAAUAUAUACCUCUGCAUUUAGAUGCAUUUGAAAAUUUCAGGAUUUUAAAUUGAUUUGUUUGUUACAAUCGAAAAUGUUUUUUCUUGUGUUUGGCAAACUAUACUGUGUCAUUGAAAUAUGUACCAAAUAUUAUUUGGAUGUACUUCAUGACACAUCGGAUAAGGCUCAACUCGUUAAUAAUUUCUUUAAAAAUGAUUAAAAAUUUCUCAUUUGAUACUUUUCAACUACAUUUUAUUUUAAUGAAAUUUCAUUUCGAUCCUCCACUGGGUUAAAUGAAACUGAUAACCCCUGUCAAUCAUCCCAAUAGCAACUCAACCCUCCGUCCAAAAUAUCAACCUAACUGUAAAAAAUACUUUAACAAAGAAACUCUAGUUUGAUAUAAGGAUUGAAUGAAUAGUGUGGAUGGUAUUUAUUUCAGAUAUUGACUAUAAAAUAUCUCACGAAUCGCUUUAGAUGGUAAUGUCUGACUGGUUUCGUUGACGUAUUAGUGUCAAAGUCACUGCACUUUAGAAAUUGACACGUUAAUGAAAUGUACAUGUGAUUGGUUAGCUGUAUGGAGUGUAAUUACCCCGACAUCCCUUGCAUACGAGGUGUAAUUGUGUCAACUGUAUUACCUUGCCGUGUACUUGACAUUCCCGCAACCCUUUCAAUACUGUCAAAUGGCGUGUCUUCAGAUGUUUCAUAUUUUUGUAAGAGUUAUUGAUUAUGUGCCAAUAAACCUCACUCGAAAUAUA